AUGUCGAAGCGAACACUGUUGGCACUCACUGUGGGCGCAGCCGGUGCUCUAUUGCUCGGUUAUUGCAUUUAUUACGAUCAGAAGCGUCGAUCGGAUCCGAAUUAUAAGCAAAAAGUGCGCGAACGUCGCCAGAAAUCGAAUCGUUAUGCAACACCGCAUUCAAUGAUCGUUGAGGGUGAUCCAAAUCGUCGGAUCGCUAACGAUCCAUUCGAAUUGCCCGAUCAUGAGAUUGUGCAGCAUUAUUUCCAGAAUGAAAUCAAAAUGGGCGAGGAACUCUUUCGUCAGGGUAAACUGGAUGAGGGACUCAUCCAUUUGGCAAAUGCCACAAUGCUCUGCGCCCAGCCGGUGGCAUUAAUGGAGGCCAUGAAGGUCGCUCUUCCCGAUCGUAUUUAUAACAUGUUGAUGCAAAAGUUGCCGGAAGUCAAUACGCAAACCUUGUUUGCUCAAGGCAUUGGCGUCGAUGUGCCGCUGGAUUAA